GAUUUAGUGUUUCUAUAUUUAUGUAAUUGUGUGUGUGUGUGUGUGUGUGUGUGUGUGUGUGUGUGUGUGUGUGUGUGUGUGUGUGUGUCGCUCAUCUUCUUGCACGCACUACCGUGGGGCAGUAGAGCCGGAAAUCUGGGCAUUUUCUAAUCUUCAGCACGUGGAGGUUUGACUACAAAACGACUUUUGACUAUAUAAAAUUUCAUUUUACAAAUAAACUGGUUCACCAGCGACAGACUGACCUUACUGCACGCGCACGUUUGAUGCACGAGUUAACGGGGCUCCGUCUCGCGCUCCGUUUCACCUUCAGCUCGAGCCGAUGUCUCGUGUUCCAACCCUGUUGCGCGUGUAGUACCGACGUCUCACGCGCGGGUUCGGUUUGGGCAAAUCUAAGAUAGAACAUUCGUAUAGUUUUUUUCUCUUUUCUUUCCGUAUUUAUUUCUUUAUAAUUUUUGUUUGUUUGUUUGUUUUUUGUUGUUGUUGAACACACGCCGUUAUUAGAGCGCGUGCGCACGGAUUGAAUGUAUGUCAGUAUGAAUCAGCGCACGCGGGAGUCUCAUGCUCCGUCUAUUCUGACGCUGAUCAAAUGUCCUUGUCAUGCUCACGUUAACGGGACACAAGCCGCUGCCAUAUUAAGUCGGGCUUAACAAACGAGCGCGCGAACGGAGCAUCAGCACCGAGCAGAGGAGCAACACGCGGGAGGUUCGGCUGCUGGUAACAAAGGGCUUUCUCUGCUGAUGAACCCGCGAAGGCACGGAGAUUAGGAUGAGGAUGAUAGAACGUCCGCUCUGAAGGACAAAAAGGAACACGCGCGCGGCUGAAUGACGCUCCAAGGGCGUUGAGGUGAGCAGCAUGGAGGACGGAUGGGAGGCAGCGCGCGCACUGAACACCGGAUGAAAGAAUCGAGCGACUUUCACUUCUCUAAAGUGCACGCACGCGAGGCCACGUUCUUGUGUGUCCUGAUACUCCAUUGUCUCUCUCUGUCUCUCUCUGUGUGUUAUAGUUUAAGUGAGACAGUAACAGGUCAGUGUGUGUGUGUGUGUGUGUGUGUGUGUGUGUGUGUGUGUGUGUGUGUGUGUGUGAGAGAGAGAGAGACCUCACGCACCAUGGAUGGAGCGGUGGGCGGGGCAUCAUCGGACUCUCGGCCCCUGCGUAAUGGAGACACCAAGCGGCGCAGCAAAGGGAGUCUGCCGUCCCCGGGUUUCCGUCUCUCUCAGGCAUCUCUGGAUGGUGAAUUGGCCCCCAGACGACGCCCAUCUGUCAUGAGCUCGACACGAGAUGGUACUAGUUCGCUUCGGUCUGGCACGGCAGCAGGUACGCCCACCACCCCCGGGCCGCCUGGCACUGCACAAUGUGCUUCCGGGCCACGUACUGUGGGGUUUGCUGCGUCCCGCGCUGCCCUCGCAUCCACCUCAUCCUCCUGCACUGGUGUGGUUGUAGUAGCUGCUGGAGGUGGAGUCACAGCCGGGGCAGAACCAACCACUACCAUGACAAUGGCGGCUGGAAGUCCAGACGUUGUUCCUGGACUGGAUGGAGAAGAAUAUUACAGCUACUCAAACCAGUCAACAUUUAUGCAACGGCAACUUGGUGCCAUGUUACAGCCCGGAGUCAACAAGUUCUCACUGCGCAUGUUUGGAUCCCACAAAGCCGUCGCCCUUGAACAGGAGCGACUGAAAAGUGCCGGCGUGUGGAUCAUCCACCCGUACAGUGACUUCAGGUUUUAUUGGGAUCUACUGAUGCUUCUGUUGAUGAUGGGAAACUUAAUCAUCCUUCCAGUGGGAAUCACAUUCUUUAAGGAUGAGAACACACCACCAUGGAUCAUUUUUAAUGUGGUGUCAGACACAAUGUUCCUGGUGGACCUAGUUCUGAACUUCAGGACAGGCAUAGUGAAGGAGGACAGCACUGAAAUCGUGCUCGACCCCAAAGCCAUACGACACAACUACCUAAAGAGCUGGUUUGCCGUUGACUUCAUCUCCUCCAUCCCUGUUGACUACAUCUUCCUCAUGGUGGACCUGGAGGAGCGCCUAGAUUCUGAGGUGUAUCGGACAGCUCGAGCUCUGCGCAUCGUUCGUUUCACAAAAAUCCUGAGCCUGCUGCGCCUGCUCCGACUGUCUCGUCUCAUCCGAUAUAUCCACCAAUGGGAGGAGAUCUUCCACAUGACGUAUGACCUGGCUAGUGCAAUGGUGCGGAUAGUUAAUCUCAUUGGGAUGAUGCUGUUGCUGUGUCACUGGGAUGGCUGUCUGCAGUUCCUGGUCCCCAUGCUGCAGGACUUCCCACAUGAUUGCUGGGUCUACAAGAACAACAUGGUGAACGACUCAUGGGGUGUGCAGUACUCAUAUGCUCUGUUUAAGGCAAUGAGUCACAUGCUGUGUAUCGGCUAUGGUGCUCAGGCUCCGGAGGGAAUGACUGAUGUUUGGCUAACGAUGCUUAGUAUGAUCGUGGGAGCAACGUGUUACGCCAUGUUCAUCGGCCAUGCCACUGCUCUUAUUCAGUCACUAGAUUCCUCACGGAGACAGUAUCAGGAAAAGUAUAAGCAGGUGGAACAGUACAUGUCCUUUCAUAAACUUCCAGCUGAUGUGAGACAGAAGAUCCACGAGUAUUAUGAACAUCGUUAUCAGGGCAAAAUGUUUGACGAGGAGAACAUCCUGGGGGAACUGAGUGACCCACUAAAGGAGGAAAUUGUGAGCUUUAACUGUCGCAGUUUGGUGGCUAACAUGCCUCUGUUUGCAAAUGCGGAUCCAAACUUUGUGACUGCAGUCCUCACUAAACUGCGCUUUGAAGUAUUUCAGCCUGGUGACUUCAUCAUUCGUGAGGGGACUGUUGGUAGAAAGAUGUACUUUAUUCAGCAUGGCCGAGUGAGCGUCCUCACCAGGGGAAACAAGGAGACCAAACUCAGUGACGGAUCAUACUUUGGAGAGAUCUGUCUGUUGACCCGUGGAAGGAGGACAGCGAGUGUGAGAGCUGAUACAUACUGUCGUCUUUACUCUCUGAGUGUGGACAGUUUUAACGAGGUUCUGGAGGAACACCCGAUGAUGAGACGAGCAUUUGAAACAGUCGCAGCUGACCGAUUAAACCGCAUUGGUAAGAAGAACUCCAUCCUCUUGCGAAAGACAUCUCAGGGUGGCUCUGUGGCGAGCAGCACUCUGGGUCGUGGGGGCGGGCCUGGGCCCGGGCCCGGGCCUGGUGGAGCCAGCAGUGGCCGUGGAUGUGCUGGAUCCUGUGACAGCAUUUUAGUGCAGCAGAUUGUCAAACACGACAGCAUGCCAGCCAUGCAGGAUGUUGCUACUGGUAACUGGAUUGGGGGUACAGGAGGGAGUGUGGCUGGGGGAGUGUCCUCACACCCACGGCCAGUGAUCUGGGCUCCAUUAGUCCAUGCCCCCUUACAUACUGCAGCAGCUGCCUCAAAUGUUGCCAUUACUCUUCUCCAGCAGCAACAGCAACAACAGCAGGGCAUGUUUUUUCCCUCCACUCUCUCAAUUUGUCCCACCUCUAUACCUGCUUGCCCUUCUCCUUCCUCUUGCCCCCUCUCACCUCCACGUGGCCCCAUUCUUCCACCUCGCCAGUCCCUCAGUGCAAUCAUUACCCCCCGUGGAGGCCACACUUCCAACUCCUUUACUACUUUAGCUCCUUCUCCUUCUGCAGCAGGGCUACCGAUUAUUGGUGGAGCAGGAGUCACAAAAGCACCUUGCACUCCCAUGUCAUCAGUCCCUGCCCCUUUGCAGGCCACCAGGACGCUGCACAACCCCCGCCUUCAGCCAGAACCAAGUGUUAUGGCAGGAGGAGGGGCUAAUACAUUACCUUUCCAGAAAGCCAUGCCUCAUUACGCUGGAGCCAAGGAAGCUCUGAUGCGUCAUGUUGGAGGUGGGAGCACUCAGGGCCUCCCUUCGUUGGGUCGUCUGACUCAGGAAGCCCGUCUGCUUUCUGCCUCUCAGCCCACCCUUCUCCAUCGUGGUUGGCCACACCCACCUCUCCAUAGAAAAGCUUCUGGGGGCAACUUGCUUCCUGCUCCUUUUGUAAUGUCACAGGCUCAAUUUGUAUUGGGGGGUAGUGCAGGAGUGCUUAGCUCUCACAAUCCACAGGUGCAGAAAACACCUGCACAGACAUCUUUGCCCCUCCCAUCUCCACGCACACAUGCCCAAUCAGCCACACAUGCCACACCCUCUCCCACUAGUUCUUCCCCUGCAAAAACACAUGCUUCUUUCUCUUCAGCUCAUGUCUCUCCAGCCUCAGGUCCUGCAACUUUUUCCCCACUGAUGCCCCAAUCCCAGCAUCCAAAACCUACCCAUCCACAGUCCACUUCCCCUACUUUUUCCACUUUGGAUAUGACCUCGUAUUCUAACCCCACUCCCUUGGUACCACCCCAAACUCAGAAUAGUAAGCCCUCACCCACUUCGCCUUCUCAGCCUCAGAGUCCUCGUCCAAAACUUUCUCAGACUCCUCCUCCACCUUCUCCAUUAUCCUUCACUCCAUCAACAACUCCAUCACAUACUCGUACCCCAACACCCAUUCACACACCUGCUCCAACACCCACUCAAGCCCUACCCCCAAUCCCAGUUCCCACUCAAACCAGAACAAACACACCAGCUCAGACUCCAACAAGCUCAACAAUCCAGACCCAAAUAACAAAUCAGAUCCAAACUGUAACUUCUGUGCAGAUGCCAAAUGUACUUUCUCCAGCCCGCUCGCCACCCACUCAAAGCCCAGUUCAAACCCAGACACAAACUCAAACUGCCGCCACGGCCCAAACUCUAAGCCAAGUUACACCUCAAACUCAACCAUCUGUUUCAGCUGUGUCCCAGACUUCAGCCACUCUGCAAAUUCAAUGCAGGGGUAUACCACCAUCUCCAAUCAAUGCCAUGCAAAUGUCAGCUCAAGAAAAUACAGCCAGGUCUCCACUCACUCAAUGCCAGACCCAAGUGCUGAUGCAAAGCCAAACUGCAUCUCCCAGUAUGACUCAAACCCUGAAUUCUCUUCUAAUUCCAACCACUACUCAAACUCAGCGUUCUACUGACACUACAUCCCAAAAUCCAACUCCAGCCCAAACCCAAACUCUAAAACAAACUCCAUCUUCCUCCCUUCCAUCAUUAACACAAAAAGCUUCAUCUUCUACACUUCAGAUCCCCAAAGCAUCCCAAAUUCCAGCACCAGUUUCAACCAUUCAGCCUCCAUCCACCCUCCAAACUCCACAGCCUUCUUCUGUUCUCUGCCCAUCUCUACAGUCUCCAGCACCUUCUUCAAACCUACCUUCAGUUUCACCAGGACUUGCCAAAUCUACCACAACCUCUGAUUUAGGGGCCACAAACACUGCCUCCUUUAUGUCCACCAAGUCAGGAAAAUCAGAAACAUCUGCACUAGCAUCACAGAAAGAUUCUGAUGCACUAAGACACAAGCUUCACACUAAUAUCUAAAGGGUCGUAGGCCAUCAGAGCAAGUUUAGAUGAUGUAUUGAAUUUCUGAUUUCCACGAAGCAGAGCUGGAAAAGACACAUGGCAUUUCUUUCACUGUUAAUGAAGAAUACACACUAAACCUAUGCUAUAGAAUGUAAAGGAAGUUGUUCAGCAGCUGUAAUGAGUGAGAGAACAUAAGAUAUCAGGAACAAAUAUUUAUUUACUUUUAUUCACCAUAAAAGAAAUUAAACUCUCCCUGUAAUGAUCUGUAUAGCAUCUUAAAUAUUUCACACUGAAACACUUGGAAUCUAGAGGGUAAACAAGUGUGAUGUCAUCAUUUUCCAGCUCUGUCCCUUUCAGGCACCUUCUAUUCACCAAAGUGUAAUAUAAUGUAAAUAAUAAUAUAAAUAUAAUUACUAAUUAUAAAAAUAGGCAAGAAAUAUUUCUGUAUUAAUUAGGACCAAUUCACUCAUGAUGUCUUGUCUCAGGUGUUCGGUGUUAGUUUGAGACGGUGCAGCUCUAGUGUUCUUUAUGUACAGUAUGUAUGUAUGUACGUAUACACACACACACACACACACACACACACACACACACACA